GGACUGAUGUACUUGGAUCUCUUGGCGUCUACACUCCAUCUCGCAGUCCAGCGCUGAUCUUUCUGCGAUUUUCGCCACAGCGCGAUGAUUUCACGUCGAAAAAUGUAAAUCGGCACUCCAUACAGGUGAAUUUGAGUGUAGCUGUGAGUUGGAAAGGUGGGCGCUGACCAUUUUCGUGGAGCAACACUGGAUGGCAUUUUAGUUUGUUGGUGUGGACCAUUGCGGAAAAGUCAACGAGAUGCUGAGCUGGAGAAUUUUGGGGCUCUUCCUGGGCUUCUUGGUGCUGGGAGAAGUGCUAUCUGUGCCGAUGGUGUACAAGAAGACAGAUCGCGAAGUCUACGAAGCAGAUCUUGUACCAGUUUCUUCCACGGUUAUUCCCUUGACUGUGUACGAGGUGAGCUAUGGACAUGGAGGAAAAGUCAGCGAGGAGUACAAGAAGGCCAUUCUGAAACAUCUCCACAAGAAGUCUAAAGUGAAACCUGAGAAUCCUGACAAACUCAUCACAGUGAAAGAUAUCACCGCUGAGAAGAAGGUUUGAGUGUAAAUUUCAUCGUCAAAUAAAGAUUUUAUUGUUGUAUUAGCGAA